AUUAAUAAAGAUAUAUUAAGACUGAUAUCAAUUCCUUUAAAUCAAACUUUUUUAAAGUCAAGCAUGAAUUUUAUUAGGAGAAAUAAGUUUAAAAUUUUAGGUACUGCACUAAUCUCUCCUUUCGCAUUAGUUUAUGGUGCAGGCUUUUAUUAUUUUCCAGAAUUAAGACAUAAUUAAAGUUAAAUGAUUAAAGCUUUAAUACGUACAGGUAGAGUAGCUAUAGCAGGAGCAAGAAUGGCAAAUAUAUAUAUGAAAGAUGAUAAUCGAAGCAUCGAGACAAAACACAAUGAAGCCUCAUUGAUUUUAAAAGAUGCUUUUGUAAAAAAUGCUGGACUAUACUUAAAAUUUGCAUAAUUACUAUCAUCACUCGAUGUUGUUGUACCAGAAGAAUAUAGAAGAAAUUUUGAACCAUUGUGUCAUGAGUGUCCAGAAAAUAGUUUUUAAAAUGUAAAACAUUCAAUAGAAAGCUCAUUAAGAAAACCAAUAGAUGAGGUAUUUUCAGAGUUUAAUCCAAAGCCACUAAAAUCGGCAUCUAUUGCUUAAGUUCAUGAGGCCGUUUUAAAAGAAACAGGUGAGAGAGUUGCUGUUAAGGUGAUGCAUGACUGGUUGUAAGAAUCUAGUAAAGGAGAUUUAAAAGUAAUAGGUCUAUUUGUUGAUAUAGGAGAAUUAUUAUUUCCAGAAUUUAAAUUCAAGUGGUUUUCAGAAGAAUUAAAUUAAAUUCUACCUCAAGAAUUAAACUUCUUGGAUGAAGUUAAAAACAGUGAGAGAGCCAGAUAAAUAUUGAAAGAUAAACCUAACAUUUAUGUUCCUAUAAACCACUUUGGCCUUUGCAAUAGUAAAAUAAUUACUAUGGAAUUUAUUGAUGGAUUCCCAAUUAUGGAUGUGCCAACUCUGAAGAGAGAAAAAUUUGACAUGAAAAAAAUUGCCUAUACAAUAAGUGAUACAUUUUCUUAAAUGAUAUUUUAAAAUGGAUUUGUUCAUAGCGAUCCUCAUUAAGGAAAUCUUUUAUUAAGGAAAGUAAAAGAUCCUAAAAACCCUCACAAAACCAUAGACCAAGUUGUUCUUUUGGAUCAUGGGUUAUAUAAAAAUCUAUCUCCAUAGUUUAGAUUGAGUUAUAGCAAACUUUGGAAAGGUAUAAUAACUCAAAACGAAGAACUUAUCUAAAAGUCUUCAAUCGAGUUAGGUGUUAAAGAAGAUUAAUACCCUCUCUUUGCCUCUAUGAUUACUAGCAGAACAUACGAAGAUUUGAUGGAUGAUAAAAAAUCUGUAAAAGAGCGUUUAAGAAGUCCUUAAAACUAAGAAGAAAGAGAUAAAAUAGCAAUAAAUGCAGCCAAAUACCAUAGAUAGAUUAUUUAAAUAUUACACCAAAUGAACAGAUCUCUGCUACUCUUAUUAAAAACAACUGAUUUCUUAAGGACUAUAGACAACAAAUUAGGAAGCCCAGUAAAUACCUUUGAAAUAACACUUGACUAUUGCUUUAAUGAAAUAGAAAAAUUCGAAUUCAAUAAUUCUUUUUGGCUAUUUUUACUCUUUAGAUUUGAAAAAAUAAUGGCUAAGAUUAAAUUAUUUAUUUAUAAAUAAUUAUUACCUUAACCUUAAUUAAAUUGAUACUUAUUUUCAUAUAUAAAAUCACUGAAAUAAAAAUUUUUGUAUAUAGCAAUUU